CGCCAUCUAUGGUAUGAGCUACUUGUCAAACUCCAAAGGUCAUAAGAUCUGUUGACGAUGAGGGGCGUCUGGCUACGUCUGCUAUUGGACAGCCCAAGCCUGGUCACUAAAUCACCAGUUCUAUAUCCUCUUACCAGGUGUCCCAACAAAGAAUCACCCCAUAGACGUUAUCUGAUCAGGUCUUCUGGCAAGCAUGAAUCACCACAUGAGCAGCAAUGUCGACAUUAUGGGAUCAAUGUCGGUGGCGAGUAUGAACCAUUGAGUAGAGAGGAAAUAGGCCAGCAUGCCAGGGGGAUCUUCAAUACAGCUAUUAAUGCUGUGCUUCCAAGUCAGAUGGUACAUGAUGCUUUGCAAGUGAAGGAUGGGGUCCUCUCAGUGAAGGAGCAGACAUACGAAUUGAAGAAGAAUGUCCACAUUUCUGCAUUUGGUAAAGCAGUGAUUGGUAUGGUUAGGUCAGCUGAAAGUGUACUUGGAGACGAGAUAGUGCAGGGAAUAGCAAGUGUGCCUUUUAAUAUACAGAACGUAUUAAGAGAGGCUGGAAAAAGUGAUCUACUUCCACUUGAUAACAGUAAAGUGAAGAUAUGUGAGGGUGCCAAGAACAACAUUCCCGAUGAAGCAGCUCAGACCACUGCUAUGGCCAUCUAUCACCAAGCCCAACAAGUAACUGCAGAUGACAUAUUAUUAGUUUUGGUUUCAGGUGGAGGCUCAGCUUUGUUACCAUCUCCAAUCCCACCAAUAACUCUGAAUGAGAUGGCAGAAACAACAAGGGUAAUGGGUAAAGCUGGGGCUACCAUACAGGAACUAAAUACAGUCAGAAAACAGCUUGAGAUUCUUAAAGGGGGAGGUCUUGCUCGGGCUGCCUUUCCUGCAAAGGUUGUGACAUUAAUAUUGUCUGAUGUUAUUGGAGACCCGCUUGAUCUUAUAGCAAGUGGUCCUACCGUUGAAGACCCCUCCACAGCAGCACAAUGUCUUGGACUCUUUCAGAAACUUAAUGUACAUGAAGAUAUUCCAAAUACUGUUAAAAACUUUUUACAGGAAAAAUUAGAUAAAUCACAAUGUGAUAAGGAUUCAGAUGUAGGCUUUGAUCAUGUGCAAAAUGUUCUUGUGGGGACCAAUAACAUUGCUAUUGAUGCUGCAUCUAGUCGUGCCAUACAACUGGGAUAUCUGCCAUUUGUGCUUAGUACAUCGCUAGCUGGCGAUGCAUCAGAAGCUGGAGUAUUAUAUGGAAAACUUGCUGAAUUUGUGUACUUGUCCUUUGCCUGUGGUAAGAAAUCUGACUCCAACCGUGUACUAUGUCAAUUAGAGAUGGAUAUAGUUCAAAGAGGAGUAGAGAAAGCCAAGUUGAACCAGCUUCUGGACACUUGUCAUAAGGCCCAGGCAUAUGGGAAGGGUGUAUGCAUAAUAAGUGGUGGAGAAACCACAGUUGAUGUUAAAGGGUCUGGUAAGGGUGGGAGAAACCAAGAGCUUGCCUUAUCAGCUGCCAUGCAGUUACGUCACAGUUUCCAGGAUUUAGACAUACUGAAGCAUUAUGGGAUACAGUUUCUGAGUGGUGGAACGGAUGGACAAGAUGGGCCCACAGAAGCUGCUGGGGCAACAGCUGACCCUGAGUUGAUCAGGGAGGCGGAAGUCCAAGGGUUUAACCCGCAGAAGUAUCUGGAUCAGAAUGACACAUUCACAUUUUACUCAGCAGUGAACGGGGGUGCUAACUUGGUGACAACUGGCCUGACAGGCACAAACGUAAUGGACAUCCAAAUAUUACUUGUCAACUGCUUCGACCAGAUGGACAAAGGGAGUUUCUAAGUGUCAAUAGAUAUAAAGCAGAGUAUCAACUGCAUGCAGCUUGAUUUCUUAUUACUUAGUUUGUAAAAACAGUUCUGUGUAUUUGACCACAAGGCUGUUGCUUUGUAUUUUACUUUUUAUUGUGCAAUAAUGCUACGCAUGGAAUUUAUUUUGCUAUUAUGUAAAACAGCACUCAUCGUCGCAGUGAGUAUUCGCUCAAUUUUUUCCAUAUGUGGACAAUUCAAAAAAUAGAUUUUUAGACAAAUAUAAUUUUCAAUUUUAUAUGUUAACCAUUGUCUGUUCAGCAUUUCAUAUUCUGUCUUUAGCUGAAUUUUGAAAGGAUGAAGGUGGAAUAUAUCAACAACUUUUGUGCCAUCAUAAGGUAUUGACUAUAACUCCUUGAGUGAUACUUGUGUCCAACAGAACCCCAGAAAGUGUUUUGAAAAUUCACCUUACAUGUUUUAUCUACUUCAGAGUAUAGGGCUUUUUGGAUGGGUUAGCCCAUUGGUGUGGUCAGGCAGAAAAGUAUUUGCUAAAUUUCAUAAAUUUUAACCUUUGUUUUUUAGUUUAGAAUGUAAAGAAAACCCUGAUUCUGUAAUUUAUGAAAAAACUUGAUUCUAUGAUUUAUGGCAAAUAU